GCUCACGAAUGCCAUGGGUCGGAGCUACGUCCGAAAGACAGAUAGACGGCAGAACAGCCCGGAAGAUGUUUUGGAGAGGGCGGCAACCCUAGUCGUUCAAAAAGGGCUGUCAAUUAGAGGUGUCGCGAAAAAUUUUGGCGUUAACUAUCAGACCCUGAACCGUUUCGUCCGCAUGAAAAAAGAGGGACGUUUAGGACAGCGCAUGGGGUACCAGAACUGCGGAACAAGGGUGUUCACAGAUGAGCAAGAAUCCAUCCUUGAAGGGUAUCUGAAGGAGGCUGCCGAAAUAUUUUUCGGACUGACACCAAAGGAUGUGCGCGUCCUGGCCUAUGACUGUGCCAAAAAAUAUGGGAUCACUGUGCCUCAAUCAUGGGAGGACAACAAGAUGGCGGGUGUGGAGUGGUUUCGGUCAUUUCGUAAGCGCCGAAACCUGGCCGUGAGAACCCCUGAAGCUACUAGCAUGGGAAGAGCAAGCGGCUUCAACAGGCACAACGUAAACGAGUUUUUUGCAAAGCUCACGGAAGUUGUGGACCGCUACCAGUUCAGCAAAGAGGACAUUUGGAAUGUGGACGAAACGGGAGUCACCACGGUGCAAAAGCCACCACAGGUUGUCACCGCUAGAGGUUCGAGGCAGGUGGGGUCUCUGACCUCUGCGGAGCGCGGUGAGCUGGUGACCGUUUGUGCAGCGGUGAGUGCCUGCGGAAAUACAGUACCGCCCAUGCUAAUAUUUCCGCGGGUACGAUACCAGCCUCACUUCGUGAGAGACGGUCCUCCAGGAUGCAUCGGCUCCGCGUACCCAUCUGGCUGGAUGACGAAGGAAAACUUCAAAAUCUUCCUCGUCCACUUCGUGAAGCACACGCGAUGCUCAAAAGAGAGGCCGGUGCUUCUUCUUCUCGACAACCAUGAAAGUCACCUUGGCGUAGAGGCUGUGACCUACGCUAAGGAAAACGGCGUGGUCUUGCUGUCAUUCCCGCCCCACUGCUCGCACAAACUGCAGCCUCUCGACAGAUCAGUGUACGGUCCACUGAAACGAUACCUUGGAUGCGCACAGGCGAACUGGCUUCGCAACAACAGAGGGCGCACAAUGACUAUCCACGACAUCCCCGGCGUACUCCGCGACGCCUGGGCAAGUGCCAGCACACAGGCCAACAUCACGAGCGGGUUCCGCGUGUCGGGCAUAGUUCCGCUUAACCCUGAAGUCUUCUGUGAAGCAGACUUCUGCCCGUCACAAGUAACAGAUCGUCCAAGAGACGCUGGAGAGGACGGUGCAAGAGCAACUGGCACUCCUCAGCACGUGUCGGACCCGAGCAGCGCUCCUCAGCGCGCGCCGGACCCGAGCAGCGCUCCUCAGUGCGCGCCCGGCCCGAGCAGCGCUCCUCAGUGCGCGCCUGGCCCGAGCAGCGCUCCUCAGCGCGCGCCGGACCCGAGCAGCGCUCCUCAGUGCGCGCCUGGCCCGAGCAGCGCUCCUCAGUGCGCGCCUGGCCCGAGCAGCGCUCCUCAGUGCGCGCCGGGCCCGAGCAGCGCUCCUCAGCGCGCGCCGGACCCGAGCAGCGCUCCUCAGUGCGCGCCUGGCCCGAGCAGCGCUCCUCAGUGCGCGCCGGGCCCGAGCAGCGCUCCUCAGCGCGCGCCGGACCCGAGCAGCGCUCCUCAGUGCGCGCCCGGCCGGAGCAGCGCUCCUCAGCGCGCGCCGGACCCGAGCAGCGCUCCUCAGUGCGCGCCGGGCCCGAGCAGCGCUCCUCAGCGCGCGCCGGACCCGAGCAGCGCUCCUCAGUGCGCGCCCGGCCGGAGCAGCGCUCCUCAGCGCGCGCCGGACCCGAGCAGCGCUCCUCAGUGCGCGCCUGGCCCGAGCAGCGCUCCUCAGUGCGCGCCUGGCCCGAGCAGCGCUCCUCAGUGCGCGCCGGGCCCGAGCAGCGCUCCUCAGCGCGCGCCGGACCCGAGCAGCGCUCCUCAGUGCGCGCCGGGCCCGAGCAGCGCUCCUCAGUGCGCGCCCGGCCCGAGCAGCGCUCCUCAGUGCGCGCCGGGCCCGAGCAGCGCUCCUCAGUGCGCGCCGGACCCGAGCAGCGCUCUCCUGGAAGUGACUGACUGUGAGGACGCUUCGCACCACUUGACUGCCAGUAGUGCAGACGAAACGUUUUCUCCGAAGGCAGUUCGACCCAUCCUUAGUGGUCAUCUUCCUGCGAGGAAAUCGCAGCGAGGGAGAAAGAAGAGGAGUUCGAUGGUGUUGACGGACUCGCCAGUAAAGCGAAUGCUCGAAGAAGAACAAGCAAAGAAGAAGCCCAAGACCGGGAAGGCAAAUUCGAAGGAAUCAGGAGCCAAGAAGAGGACGGUAAAAGCCCAAGGAAAGAAGACUAAGAAGCGAGUGAAUAAGUCAGCGUCGAGGUGCGAGGCGUAUGAUUCCGAUGCAGAGGAGACGUUCUGCCUCGUGUGCGUUGAGCCGUAUUCCAAUAGCAGACCAGGAGAACAGUGGAUACGGUGUUCGGCAUGUGAACGCUGGGCACAUGAAGCUUGCAUCAAUUCCGAUGGUGCCGGUCUCUUUGUGUGCCAGAACUGUGAUUCUGACGACUCGGAUUUCGCGUACUAGUUUGACACAUGAGUUGACUGCAGAGUUCGCAGUGUUGGCUUAAUGUUCAGAGUUCGCAGUGUUGGCUUAAUGUUAGCAGACUACUCUGCCUUGUUCCUUUCACAAAAUGGUUUGUCAUCGAGAGAAUGAUGCGAAAUACACGGUCUCAUGGCAA